UCUGUCCACUCCCCUCCUAGCUCCUCUCUCACUUGUUUACUUUGAUCUUUGCAGCAAAAAUGGCCACAGCUGGUAAGGUCAUCAAAUGCAAGGCAGCAGUGGCCUGGGAGCCCAACCAGCCUUUGGUGAUUGAGGACAUCGAGGUAGCCCCGCCCCAGGAGAAUGAGGUCCGCAUCAAGAUUGUGGCGACUGCUGUGUGCCAUUCGGACCUGCACCACCUUUUGGAGAGAAUGGAUAAAGACGGCUUCCCAGUAGUCGUCGGCCACGAGGCAGCCGGCAUCGUAGAGAGCGUCGGGCCUGGAGUCACUGAAUAUCAGCCAGGAGACAAGGUUAUCCCUCUGUUCUUCCCCCAGUGUGGAGAAUGUCGCUUCUGUAAGAGCCCGAAGACACACCUGUGUGAAAAAAUAAUGGAGGUUGAUCGUCUCAAAGUGUCAGAAAAAUCCAGGCUCACCUGUAAGGGGAAGAAGUUGCUGCAGUUUAUGGGAACCGGUACCUUCUCUGAGUACACUGUGGUUAACCAGAUUUCUGUGGCUAAGAUCGACCCCGCUGCACCUCUGGACAAAGUCUGUCUCCUUGGGUGUGGGAUCUGCACAGGAUAUGGAGCAGCGGUUAACACUGCUAAGGUGGAACCGGGCUCCACAUGUGCUGUGUUCGGCCUUGGAGCUGUGGGUAUGGCUGCACUCAUGGGCUGCAAGGCUGCAGGAGCCAAGAGGAUUAUCGCUGUUGACAUCAAUCCAGAGAAGUUCGAGAAGGCCAAGGUGUUCGGUGCGACGGAAUUCGUGAACCCCAAGGAUCACAGUAAACCCAUCAACCAGGUGCUGUCUGACAUGACCGGAGGCGGAGUGGACUUCUCCCUGGAAUGUGUCGGGAGUGUGACAGUCAUGCGCAGUGCCUUGGAGUCCUGUGUGAUGGGUUGGGGUGUCAGUGUGCUGGUUGGCUGGUCAACAAUGUACGACAUUGCUACCCGACCCAUUCAGCUCAUGAGUGGACGCACAUGGACGGGCUCAACGUUUGGAGGCUUUAAGGGUAGGGAUGACGUGCCUCAGAUGGUUAAAGCCUACAUGGACAAGAAGUUGAUGGUGGACGAGUUCAUCACUCACAACAUGACUUUGGACCAGGUCAAUGAUGCCAUUGAGCUAAUGAAGCAUGGAAAAUGCAUCCGGACGGUCCUGCAUGUUUCUCCACAAUAAGGCUGCUGUGUUGCUUUCAAUGACCACAAAGCAAUUGAAUAAUUCACCAGUAUGUUUUAUAAAAUCUCAGGAUAUUACUGACACAAUUAAUACAAUGCACAUAAUACAGAGAUCACUCAAAACGACACUCAAUACAAUUCAGUGGAUUACGUGCAGAUUGUGAGAAUCAUCUGCAGUGUUCGUACUAGCGAAAGCUAUACAUGCUGAACGUGUUUAUAGAGCAAAAUAAAUGGUCUCAACAGA